AUGGACCCGGCCUUAACUCCAGACAUGGUGGCCGACAUUCUGACUCGGCGUUUCAUGGAAGCAACUCCACACAGUCGGUCCUGGUACCGGAGCAACGCCAUCAGAAGCCUCACUGGCGCCAAGAAGCAUAUUUCCCAGACUGCUUUUGACUUGGAAGACAUGAAACGGUUAUCUGUGUGUGACUUGGAGGAGGGACACCCAACGCUCAGAGCCUCCAAGAGUGAAACAGAUCCGAGCCAUGGCGGGAAGCUUGCUGUUGUGGAAUUUACAAGUGCUGCAGUGGCCGUGUUGGAGAAUCAGGGGACAGUUCGGCUUGGCAUCAAGAGAACGGGUCGACUUAAUAUACCAGUCGCUGUCAAAGCAACAACAAUCAAUGGAACCGCCACGUCUGUUAAUGACUAUAAGCCCUUUGAUGAUCAUAUACAAAUUGAAAUCAUUGACGAUAACAUCUGGGAGCCGGACGAAUUCUUCUUUGUGAAGUUGAAAGUGGUGUCUAACACAGAGGCAUGUGUCCUUGGCUCAAUCAGCAUCUGCGAGGUCACAAUUAUUAAUGACGAUGAGCCUGGCGUGCUGGAGUUUUGUAAACCUAGCUUCUUGACCAAAGAAACCGAUGACACAAUGAUGAUUCCUGUUGUCCGCAAGAAUGGAGCCGAUGGCCGUGUGACAGUCAAGUGGGUCACCAAGGACAUUACUGCGGUUGAAGGGCGGGACUACCUGGGCAAAGGAGGCGUGCUUACUUUUGAUGACCAGGAGAUCAAUAAAAACAUCGUUGUUCGUUGCAUCCCAAGCCAUAAAGCAGAGCGUGAUGACAGUUUCCAGGUUGAGCUAAAAGACCCUACUGGCGGUGCUAUCCUUGGGAAAAUCCACAAAACUAUUGUUACAAUUGUUACUGACGAAGAAUUCAGCGGACUCGUCAGUCGCAUUGUCAACAUGUCGAAGGCCACCCAGGAAGCGCUGGAGCUACCGUCAACCACUUUCUCCCAGCAGUUUGUGGAAGCCAUGAAUGUUAACGGAGGAGACUUAGAGAAUGCAACGUUCAUGUCUUAUGUACUUCAUUUCCUGUCUUUUUUCUGGAAGUUUUCUUUCGCCUUUAUCCCACCAACCCACAUCUGUGGCGGCUGGGUGACCUUCAUCGUUUCUCUGUCCGUCAUUGGGCUCCUGACCGCUGUCAUCGGAGACCUUGCCAGCAUCUUCGGAUGCCUCAUUGGCCUAGAGGACUCCAUCACCGCCAUCACCCUGGUUGCCAUGGGCACCAGCAUGCCUGAUACGUUUGCCAGCAAGACGGCGGCCAUUAUGGAGAAGACUGCAGACAGUUCCAUCGGGAAUGUCAACGGAAGUAAUUCGGUGAACGUGUUCUUGGGCCUUGGGUUGCCAUGGAUGCUUGCCUCAGUUUAUCAUUAUCUGCAGGGUGGCGUUUUCAGAGUGAAAGCAGGAACUCUGGGCUUCAGUGUGAUGAUAUAUUCUAUCGUUGCUGUAAUUGCCAUCAUCAUACUUAUAUGCCGACGAACGUCUUCUGCCGUCGGAGCUGAGCUAGGAGGGCCUAAAUGUAUCAAAAUUGUAUGCAGCAUAGUCUUUCUCCUGCUCUGGGUUGUAUAUAUUCUUUUGUCUGCUUUGCAAGUUAAAGGAUACAUAAAAACGGGCCUUUUCUGA